GUUUUAUACAGAUUACUUUAUAACCCGGAUUGAGGGAGAGGACAGGGAUUAUUUCGAAGUUUUGCAGGGAAGAACACAUCUCCCUGUGAGCAGCGACCAUGCCUGUCAUCAACAUGGAUGAUUUGACGGACUUGGACAAGGCAAAAAUGGAAGUAGACCAGCUCAAAAAAGAAACUAAAACUGAAAGGGCAUUGGUUUCCAAGUGCUGUGAGGAAGUGAAGGACUACAUUCAGGCUGGAGUGGAGGAGGACACCCUGGUCAAAGGCAUCGCAGAGGACAAGAACCCCUUCAAGGAACUGAAGGGUGGAUGUGUUGUCUGCUAGAAGCUUCUCACCUCCCAAAACCCUCUCUAACGCCCAGGGAAAUUCUCCAGCCAAUUUUACUGAAACAUCGGAGCACCAAUUGCUUACCAAGAAAAAAAUUAAAACAAUUAAUAUAUUACCUUGUAAAUACGUUUCUUACCCCCCCCCCCUCCUCCCCCAACUGUAAACAUUUUUUCUUCGGUCUGCUCUAGGCUACUUUAAGUAUUAUAACUUUGUAUUUCCUUUCUACCCCCAAAGUGAUGCAAUAAAAAAAGUGGUUUUGAGGAAUUCUUGUCAAGAGAUUUGCUAUAUGGUCUUUUAAAGUGCUAAUCUGUCCCUUUUUGGUCCAUCUCUAGACUGAAGGUCAAGCCAUGUUUUAGGCUAUUAAUGGGUAAAACCCGAUGUUAUUAAAUGAGCUUGUUUACAACCA